UAUUAACUUCAGAGAAAAGUAGUGACUAUCCUAUAAGCCAGAAUCCCGAAAGCCUUUCUGCUGACAAAUUUCAAGUAUCUCUGGAUAGUUCCACCAGUAAAAAUAAAGAACCAGGAACGAGAAGGUCUUCCCCUUCUCAAUCCCGGUUGUUAGAUACUAAGUGGUAUGUGCACAGCAACCCAAGGAGUCUUCAGAACACAAACUGCCCUGCUCAAGAGGAGCUUGUUAAGGUUGUCAGUGUGGAGGAGCAACAACUGACCAAGUCAGAGGCGCGAAAUUUCAUGGAGCAGUCUGAUUUGCCAAGACCAGAUCUGGAGGGAACCCCUUACCUCGAGUCUGGAAUCAGCCUCUUCUCUGCUGACCCUGAGUCUGAUCCCUCUACAGACAGAACCCCAGAGCCAGCUCAUAUCAGCAGCAUGCCAACUUCAACCUCUGCAUUGAAAUUACCCCAAUUUCAAGCUGAAGAAUCAGCCAAGAGUACAGCUACUGUCCAUACUGCUAAUACUGCUGAGUAUAAUAAGAGGGAAGACAGUGUGGGCAGGGAGAAGCCAAAAGUUGUAUCUUCAACAAAAAGAGUCAACAGAAGAAUAUCUAUGGUGGCAUCAGGCUUAACACCAAAAGAAUUUGUGAGUGUAGUGGCUCAGGGGCCAAAUGUAUCCCACUACUAG